GGGCGCCCCCAGGGAGGGGCCAGGUGGGGCCAUCGCCCCCCUGAGAAUUUGGAGAAAGCGUGUAAAAAAUAUUUAGCUCUCUCUUACUUUAUAUUAUAAAAUAAAUUCCAUAUUAAUCAUAAUCGCUCACGAGAUAUGCCAGUUUAAAUGUAUUUUUUCUCAAUCCCUUAUUCCUUCUGACUGAGACGCAUAUGUUUGGAUGGAACCGCAUCGUUUUCGGUGCGCAUGCCGCAUGCACUGAUGAUGUCCGGUCUAGGCUUAUCCAGUUGAGAAAUGAAAUAGGUUGGCUGAACGGCCGAUCUGAUACGUCUAGUAGUACGGUAGUGCUCACAAUUCAUAUACUGUUAUUCAUAGAACUUAUAUUAACGUGUUAAAAGUGUUUUUUGUGCAACGUGUAAGUAUUAUAUAAUAUACUUUAUUUCUCACUUGACCUUAAAUAAAAUAGGCUUAUUUUUACGAGGUAGUUAUCUAUUGUGUGUAAAGGUAAAAAAUACUUUUUUAUGAAUUAAAAUAACAUCAUUUGCGUCUAUGAAGUACAAUUACAAUAUUUAUUUCAAAAAUUGUGCUUGAAGUAAUAACAUUUUUUAUAAGUACCCUUCCUACUUUAAGAAAAUAAGUUAUUCCUGUAUCGCAGUUGAGAUAUUCAACUGUGCAAGGUAGGUAUUUUAAUCUACAAAUUUUAAUUAACUUAGAUGAAUUUUUUACUUCUCUAAAAGGUUUUAAAAAUAUUUUUCAAUGCAACUAAAUUAUCCAUUUGGUCUUAUUCUGUCCAUUUAUCGGCCUACUCCCCGGUUAAAUGCGUUAAUUUAUUUGACACCUAACACUUAGCUGAUUGAAUGCAUCAAUUUAAUUAGCCUACUGUAUUUGUAGAAAAAUGGACAUAAGGAAGUUCUUUAACAAGCCAAACAAGCGGCUGACAAUUGAUGAUGGAUCUGACAUACCGAACAGUACCGAAAACAGUAGUAUAGUAUGCAGUCAAAAUGAUUUAGCUAUAGCAGGGCCAUCUAGCUUGGAGUCAGCUGUAUCCGCCUCUCAAAGAGAAACUAACGUUGUAACGGCCACCGCAUCGGAUAAUUUUGCGAUUGUUGAAGACAGUUUAAAUUUGGAUGUUGGGAACUACCUUGAUACUAAUAAAAUUUGUAGCUUGAACGAUCGCUUGAAAUUUACUUUGUUAACAAACCCAUGGAAGCCAGAUAAAUGUUACAAUUUCAAGUAUGAUAUUGACGAUGGCAAACGACCAUUUAUCCAUGAAUGGUUAAAUACGUACCCCUGGUUAGCUUAUUCAAAAGAAGUUAAAGGUGGGCUAUGCAAGUUGUGUGUACUGUUUAGGCCCCGCGUAACCCAUGGUAGUUAUCAAAGUGGCUUUAUAAAUCGCCCAUUCACCAAUUUCAGAAAGUUUCAUGAAAAUGCGAAAUCGCAUAUGAACUCUGAAUGGCACAGACAAGCAUCUGAAAACUCAAGUAACUUUAUAUCUGUCAUGAAAAAUGAAAAGAAAAAUGUUGAAUGUCUUGCAAAUUAUGGUUUGGCCAAGCAAAUUAAAUCGAACAGAGCGAAACUAAAAUCCAUUGUUUCUUCAAUUUUGUUUAGUGCACUACAUGACUUACCAUUAAGAGGUCAUACCAAUGAGGAUGCUGUGUUCGAUAACCUUUUACAUUUUAGGAAAGAAGCUGGUGAUUCUGUUUUAGAAGACCAUCUGAAAAAUGCGCCGAAAAAUGCAAUGUACAUUUCCCAUAGGACACAAAAUGAGAUUGAUUUAUGUGCAACGGUUUUAAGAGAAGAGUUAGUUACAAAAAUCAAUGAUAAUGAAAUAUUUUCCAUUUUAGCAGACGAAACAAUGGACAUUACUGGUACAGAGCAACUCUCUCUGGGCGUGAGAUAUUUUGAUAAAAGUGAAAAUUGCAUCAGAGAAGACUUCCUUGGUUUCACCCCAUUAAAAAGUUUAGAUGCUGAACAUAUAGCAAAUGCUAUUACUUUAACAUUAACAAAUUGGGGCUUGAACUUGGAAAAUGCAGUUGGCCAAGGAUAUGAUGGUUGUAGUACAAUGGCUGGGGAAAUAACUGGAGUACAUAAAAGAAUAACUGAGAAAUACCCAAAAGCUCUAUAUUUUCAUUGCGCCAGUCAUCGGCUAAAUUUAGUAGUCAAUGAUUUAAAUGACAUACCACAAAUCAGGAAUACAACUGGCACAGUUAAAGAAGUUAUAACAUUUUGGCAGAAUGGCCAAAGAAGGGCAAUAGUGGGAACUCUUCAAAAACUAUGUGAAACCAGAUGGACCGAAAAAUAUAAAGCAAUUCGAAAGUUUAGUGAGCAGUUUGUUAGCAUCGCUGAAGCACUUCAGACUCUAUCGACUGAAGGUAACCGUGACACAAGGCAGAAAGCUUUCCAGCUUCAUUGCGCAGUUACAAAUACAGCAUUUGUGAUAUGUCUACAUGUGAUUGCCAAAUACUCUGCCAAGUUAGAAAUCGUUACGCAAAUGUUACAAGGUGUCAGUGUAGAUAUUUUGAAGAUAUCAAAACACAUUCAGAAGGUUACUGAGCUAUUCAGUUCAGACCGACAAAAUGGAGAAAAAGAGUUUGAUAACAUUAUGGCAAAUGUUGAAACAACAGCAAACAAGCUUGGAAUCGAGCUCACAUGUCCUCGUGUUGCUGCGAGACAGGUUCACAGACCAAAUCACUCUACUCAGACUAUCAACGAAUACUAUAGAAAGUCCAUUUUCUUGCCUUAUUUGGAUUCUUUGGUUCAAUCGUUGAAAGAUAGGUUUUCAGAUAGAAACAAACCAUCAUUUGAAAUUUUCAAUCUGCACCCUAAAAUCAUGAAAGAUCUUUCUAAGGAAGAUUUUGAAAAGUCUAUUAACAAUAUAAACAGCACGUAUUGUGAAUUGUUAGACAACUUUAAGGAGCAAUCAAUUCUGUGGUUCGACCUUUGGAAAAACACGGAGAUAGAUGCCAAAGCCUUGGAAAAACUGAACUUAAUAGAGGUUCUUGAGCAUGAGCAUGCCUGCUUUUUGCCGUCAGUAGCAAAAGCCAUCCAAAUAGCUCUUUGUCUGCCACCAACAACUUGCACCAUCGAGCGAUCAUUCAGCACUCUCAAACGUGUGAAGACCUGGAUAAGGAAUACGAUGUCGAAAAAUCAUCUAAGUGGGCUAUGCCUGUUAUCUGUACACAGAAGAAAAAUAAAAGAAAAUAAAGAAAACUUCAUGCAGAAAGUAAUUGAUUUAUUUGCGAUGGACACCAGAAGAAUUCAAUUAUUAUUUAAGUAACAUUUUACUGACACCAACCGUGUUGCGUUUUAAACAGCAAAACAAUUUUUCUUGUAUUUUUUGUUUCAAUACCCUUUGCCCCCCCUGAGGAAAUAUCCUGUGGGCGCCCUUGAUUGAUUGGUAGAUUUAUUGUGGAAUUGAUACAAAGCUGUUUUAAUUCAUUUGAAAAAUGAUAUCAAUCUCAAAAUAAUCCAGUAUGUAUUUUCAGUUUUAUUUUUUGUUAUUUAUUCAAUAUUUUCUUGUUAUCUUGUGUUUUUGUUUUGAAUUCAAUGAGAUCAUAGUAAAAUUCCAUCUUACUCAUGAUCUUUUGUAAUAGGAACUCUAUUUAAAGAUAGCAUUCCUCACAAGCAACCAAGACAAGCAAUAGAUAGGUGAGACAAGCACUAACUAAACUGUUGAAUCUUAAAAUGAGUAUGUGACAGACAAACGACAUAUAUGUGAAACAUGCAUCGAUACUUCACUAUCACUUUAUCAGAUUUAGAAAAAGGGUGUAUAGUGGUUUUUAAACUACCGUUUAAAUGUUUACUGGAAUAACGCUCGGUUUCAUAAUCAGUUAAAGUGGACUUUAAAUUUUAAGUUGGUACUUUAUCAGAUUUAGAAAAAGGGUGUAUAGUGGUUUUUAAACUACUGUUUAAAUGAUUACUGGAAUAACGCUCGGUUUCAUAAUCAGUUAAAGUGGACUUUAAAUUUUAAGUUGGUACCUUUAUCAAUGCAAUUCAUAUGGGCAAAUGUCAAUGUUAAAGUGAACUUUAGUUUUUUAUUUGAUUUUUUAUUUAUUAAAUA